CGCACUGGCGCUCUGUGCUUCUACACAGUAUGGCCGGCGAUAUUAGCUAGCGCUCGCUCAAUGGUAUUCUCUGAAUAAGGGAAGACGGUGAAAUUAAGGAAAAGACAACCGGACUGCUAAAGGACUGAAGUAAAAUAAUUAAGUUAUCAAUAUUAAGUAACGAUUAAUUAAAGUAAACAGAGCCCAACCUAUUCAUUUCUGUUGUUGGUGUUUCUUGUCUCACGAUGGAGGAGAACGGUGCACACUUCUUUGAAGGGACAGAGAAGCUUCUGGAGGUGUGGUUUUCCCGGCAAGAUGAGACCAAAGGAACGGGGGACCUCCGUGAAAUCCCAAGGUUUGAGUGGGACAAGCUUUUGAAGAAUGUGCAUUGUUUGAUCAUAAGUGUGACAAAAACUGACAGGCAGGAAGCUUAUGUACUCAGUGAGAGUAGCAUGUUUGUCUCCAAGAGACGUUUCAUUUUGAAGACCUGUGGUGCCACCCUCUUACUGCAAGCACUGGUUCCACUGUUGGAGCUCGCCAGGGAAUACAGUGGAUUUGAUGCCAUUGAGAAUUUCUUCUAUUCCCGCAAGAACUUUAUGAAGCCGGCCCAUCAAGAAUACCCUCACAGGAACUUUCAAGAAGAAGUGGAGUUUCUGAACGAGAUUUUCCCAAAUGGGGCGGCCUAUUGUAUGGGACGUAUGAAUUCAGAUUGCUGGUACCUGUUCACUCUGGAUGUCCCAGAGAAUCAGGAACACAAGCAGCUGGCAGACCAAACAUUAGAAGUCUUGAUGAGCGAUCUUGACCCAGCGGUUAUGGACCAGUUCUUUAUGAAAGAUGGCGUUACUGCAAAUGAUGUCACUCGUAUGAGUGGAAUACGUGACCUGAUACCAGGUUCUGUGAUCGAUGCCACAAUGUUCAACCCUUGUGGUUAUUCUAUGAAUGGGAUGAAAACUGAUGGAACUUACUGGACGAUCCACAUCACUCCAGAGCCAGAGUUCUCUUAUGUUAGCUUUGAAACCAACCUGUCUCAGGCAUCCUAUGACGAUCUGAUCAGGAAAGUUGUGGAUGUCUUCAAGCCAGGGAAAUUUGUGACGACCAUGUUUGUGAAUCAGAACUCCAAGUGUCGCAGUGUCUUUUCUUCCGCCCCGAAACUCGAAGGUUUCAAGCGCCUCGACCGCCAGUUGGCCCAAUUCAAUGAUUACAACUUUGUUUUUACCAGUUACACCAAGACUCGUCAGCAGAACCAACAGAGUUGAACAGAGAACAUGAAGAAGAAACGCAAGAAGAAAGCCUGCAGUGUGGGCCUGGGCAGCCCACUAGAUGCAUGUAGUACCGAGGGCCGCUGGGAAAGCUGUUUACGUUCCUUUGGCCCUCGGAGUUACACCAAUUCUAGUUUAACCUCCAAUUUAAAUUGUAUGCGUUAUUGUUACACUGACUUAGAUAUCUUGCAUGAAUGCUCUUUUCUCUGUUUAGGGAUGUUAUCUCACUCUUGCUGUGAACUUGAAGUGCAUGUAGAGAAAUUCAACUUUUACUAUAGGAGGCUUACCAGCACUCUGAAGAGCUCUAGCUGCAGGCUGGCGUGCUCCGCAGCCUUCCUCCAGGCAUCACCCCAGAUCCCCCACAGACAAGGCUUCCGCGCUCACUAGGCAGGACCCUGGCAUGCUCAGAUGGCCUGUUUGCAUUCUAUUGGUUUUCACAAAUGUAUGUACACUGGCCCCUAUUUUUAGAGGUGACGAACGACUUUGUCAUGGUUUAAACAGGCUUGCUAAUGUCUAAGAAAUGAAUUAAAAUAUAUUCCAGAUUAAAAUGAAGUUGUAAGUAAAUACCUAUAGGUUUUCUGUUUAUGAAACAGAUUUAAAAUGACACUUCACAAAUUAGGGUUACAGAAUCUCUUCACAUCUGAAUGACUUAACUUGAGUCAGAUAUGAAAAUAGGGUUUACUGUGUGUACAAUAGUAUGUUUGAAUUGUGCGUCAUUUUUUUUUUUUUUGCACCUCCUAAAUCCAGAAUUAAUUUAGAUGUGUGAAAUUAUUAUAAUAUUUUUCUGGAUUAAAUUAACUAUCUUAACCUAUGAAAUCUAUUUUCCACAUAUGUGGAAUAAGAAGUAUGUUCUCAAUAAAUGGCAAGCAUAUGUAGUUACAUUGCUGUCCAGAAAAUCCAUCUUGCUUUGUAAAAUUGAACGCUAGCCCAUUUUUUUAUAUUCUUACUCACAUUUUUCAAUUUGAUCUCAUUAGUUUUUUAUUAAAAUAAGCAUAUACACUGCAGAGUCUCCAAAAAUAUCUAUACAUUUUAAAUCCCACAAAACUCUCCCAGCUUGCAUAACAACAAGUCUCAGCUCUUGUCUCCUAGGAUUCCAACCUCCCCAUUUGUCUGUCCAAAACUGACACACCCUCAGACAGUAUGCUGUUCCAAAAACUUGAUGCUUGAAAUAAAUUUGGCAAACAUAUCAAAUAAGAGGAGAUCUGAAAGUAGUGCACAGAAUUCUUUCCUUGCUCCUUAGAGGUUCCGCAAUUUGUUAUUUGUGCUCCUCACAAUUUUCCAAAUUUGUUAUAAAUCAUGUAAUGUCUAAUAUUCUGUAUACAGUAUGGUAUGAUAGUUGCUGUGAGUGUGAUUCACUAUGUUCUAGCAGGGUUGAGUGGAUUGCCUUGGCCAGGCUUUGUUUGGUGGGUUUGGGGUUUAGAGUCCCUUCUCUUUUGUUGAGCAUGUAAAGACAAGGUUAACUGGAACUAGUUUCUUGGAUGCCCCAACUAAAGCAAUUUCAUAUUGUGGUUCUGAUAUUCCAAGAGGGAUAGGAAAAGUGCUGUUUAGGCCAGAGAUUGGAGCGGAGGCCUGCAAACUGACAGCAAUGAUGCAUAUGUCCCAAUUGCCGAAGUUACUAUUAAAUAAGCGAAUUGCAACAGUCUGGAAGGAAAUACCCAUUCAUCAAUACACUAUGUACUGCAAGCGCAUUUUGAUUCAGAUAAUUAGUAAUGAUGUAACAUUAUUUUUCAGAGAUUUGCACACCCUUCCUGUUCCUAAUCAAACAGUUGGCAAUUAAGGAAAAAACAAUAAUCAGUCAAGAUGUGGUCAAGGCAAUGCUAGUGAAAGCUGAUGCAUUAGCAGGGUGGUAAAGCUGAACACAUCAUUCAGCAUGACUCCCUUUGCUUUGACAUUGUGCGUGUCUUCCCCCCCCACAUACACACGUCUGAGUGAAAUGAAUGAAAGUAAUGAAUCAGGCUCUUUGCUUAGUGGAGUGGGUUGCCCAGGAAAGCAUUUUAUUUUUGAAACAGUACUUUUUGUAGAGAAAUUGGUAACCAGACAAUAGACACACACCAAUCUGAGCAUGCCAGGGUCAUCCCGGAUCAUUCUACACUUCACAGUUGCAUAAACUGCCAUGUUUUUUUUUUCUGUUUUUAUUGUGAGCAAACAUUCUGCUUGCAUUGGUCCAAAAUGUGACUCCAUUGCAGUUUUUGGAGCAGGAUCAAUGCCCUUUAUAGUGUCGGAAACACCUUGUGACCUUGUGGUGCAUGUGACUUCUAGUGCUGUAUUGCUUGACAGUGUUGUGUACUGCGUUCUGUUUCUCCUAUACAAGUUCCUAUGGUAAAUCUUGUUCCUAAUGUUUUAAUGGCUAUGAAGAUCAUCAAGGGUUUGGGUCAUCUUGUUAGAACAGAAAUCUAAAGUAGUAAUAUCUUCUCUAGGUGAUGGAAAGUACUCUGUAUAUCUCUAUAGGUGCAAUGUAGCGUUUAAAGCGAGUCCUAUAAAAUCCAUGACUUUGGGCUAUGUUCUAAAUCCAUAUUAAAAUUAUUGGGAGCAGUAAUUAAAGAUCUUUGGCCCCUUGAGCAAUAGCUACAGAUUUUAAUGUGACUAGCAAAUCACUUUACAUUUCCUAUGCCGUCGAGCCAGUCCACAUUGCCCCUGUCCUCUCCCCUGCUACAUGCAAAGUUGUGAAUUUAAAAUGGACAAAUCAGAGUCUGCAGUACGCUUUGAAGUGCCUAGUCCGAGACGCACUUGUUUUAAAUGGUAGUGGGGAGAGACCACGCACUUUAAGCACUACAUAUAUUACAAUAAAAAAGGAGUUUCUUUGUU